CUCUCCCCUCUCCUACUUACUGUCAGGUUCAAACAGGUCCAGAAUAUCUUUAAAUAGUCAAUAAUUACUCCGAUUAACAUUAUUAAUUAAGUCCGCGAUAAUUAUUUUGUAAAAAGAAACAAGUGAGAGUGAAAAAAAUGUGAGAAUAUUGUGAAUCAAGUGAAGUAGGAAAAAAAUAUAGGCUUGUCGCGUUCCCGCGUUUUUGGUGUAUGUAAAUAACAUGACAUAUACGGUCCGCAACGGUGUUCGGUGGUCUUGCUCAGUACUGCACGUGGAUCGAUUGUGUUAAGACGUCUGUAUACAAAUAAAUUUAAUCUGAGAAAAUAAUAUUAAAUUAUUUUUUUGUUGUUACAAUUGUCUCGGUGAAUUAUCAAUGAGAAAAAAUUGGAGAGACAAAAUGGCGGAAUUUUCCCGCCAAAAUGUUAAUUUGACAGGUGGAUUAUAAAGAGCUCACUUGUAAUUAACAUUUAGAUUUUUUUGGUCUCAAUUCGAAAGUAAUGGUGUCAUGAAGGCUAAAUUUUUUUUGGCGUGAAUAUUUAAGUGAUCGUUGACCUUAUUGGACGUGUCUCAUCGUCGCGGCCGCGCUUUCACCCGUUUCUUUAUUUACUUUUUUUAAUACUGUCGUCGGUUUACCUUUACUUGUGAUGCAACUACUUAAUUAAACUUCCGUAUCUGUUAUUUAACUGUUUACUUUGUUAUUUUAUUUAUUUUCUCACCAAGUGUCAUUUAAUAUCCGUGAGAUUUGUUUUUGUAUAAGAGUAUAACUUUUUUUUUGCUGACAGUUGUUUUUGACAAUUUGCAAUUUAUCUAUAUUAAAAUUUAAAGAUAUGGAAAAAAAUCAACCGAGUAUGUCGUCAAUGCCAGCACCUGCUCCAGGAGUUCCAGCAACUUCAGGAGCAAUGGCACCCUCGGCGCCACCCCCAGCUCUUCCACCUUCAUAUGAAGAAGCAAUGGCCCAAUCAAUGACCAUGCCAAUGCCUAUGCCGAAUCCUUCAAUUGCGCCAAUAAAUGUCUUACCGUAUCCUGGAGAUUCCCGAGUACCUUUAAACGCUCCCUAUGUUCCACCACCAAAUAUUGAUGGAGCAGGUCCUUUUGAUUAUACAUCAUCACGUAAUUUACCUCCAUCGUAUCCAAUAACUUCAGAAGUACGAAUGGUUCGUCCAUCUGGGACUUACACGUUGGCCUCAAGUCCUGUCAAAAUGCAAUGUCCUUCUUGUCUAACUGACAUCAAGACGUCAACAGUUUCUGACCAUCAACCAAUGGCUCACAUCUGUUGUCUUAUUCUUUGUAUUCUUGGGUGUUGCUUAUGUUCGUGUCUACCGUACUGUACAAAUUAUUUCAUGACAGUGCAUCACUUUUGUCCACGUUGUAAAAUUUAUAUCGGAACGUGGAAAGGUUUCGAGCCAUCGAGACGAUUGAUGGCAGUCAGAGUUUAAAUUUUAUAUUAGUUAACUUAAUAUUAAAUACUAAAAUUAUAAAUAUAUAUUAUAUAUCUCCAAGUCUAUAUUAAUAACUAUUAAAAAAAAAAAAUUAACUAAUUAAAAAUGUUUUAUUUUUUUUAAAAGAAACUAAAGUCCGGUGUCUGAUGAUUGAAUCAGCGAUGAUUGAAUAAAUUAUACUGGAUUUGCUAUGACCAUGACAUAAGAUAAACGCUUUACUUGAAAGGUGUCUAAUGCAACAAAAAAAUGAAAAGUAUAAUUAUAAUGUAACUAAUUUUAAUCAAUUGAUAUAUCUAUAUAUGUAUUUAUAUAUUUUUUUCGCAAUGACGAUGCUUCUAUUGAUAUAUAUUUGUCAAUUAAAAAUAAUUACUUAUAAGUUUUGCUGACGAUAUUGAUAAUGAUAAUAAGUUUUGCAUGUUUCAAUGUGAUUAUUAACUCAGACUCCACAAUAUUUCAUUAUUAUUAUUGUUGCUUAUUUUUAUUUGUACAAACAUGAGAUAGUCGCGGAUCAGUAUCUCAAUAUUAUUUUAAUUCAAGUUAGAAGUUCAUCUUCCCAAUGAAGAUAUUAGCUGUAAGAAAAAAAAAAUAUAUAUAUUAAUUGUUAUCGUACUGGCGUAUUAAAUAAAUUUCUUUUUUAUUUUUUAUUA